AUGUGGACAUACAGCUGAGUGCAACGUCUGUAAGCUCUUCUUGAUCCGCUUCUUGUAACGGAGUUUAAGAUGGAUUUAUAUUGUACGGGGGCAUCGGAAACUUUCCACGUUUAAUGUAGCUGGCGGCUGAAAGGUGCGAGGAGAGCUCUUCUCGGAGUAGAGGGAGAAGAAGAAAAGAUGUCUGAUAAAAUGUCAAGUUUUUUGCACAUUGGGGACAUAGUCUCCCUGUACGCUGAGGGGUCUGUCAAUGGCUUUAUUAGCACUUUAGGGCUUGUUGAUGAUCGUUGUGUAGUUCAGCCAGAAGCUGGGGAUCUCAACAACCCACCGAAAAAAUUCCGAGAUUGCCUUUUUAAACUCUGCCCGAUGAACAGGUACUCUGCACAGAAACAGUUCUGGAAAGCUGCGAAGCCAGGAGGGAACAGCACUACAGAUGCGGUGUUGCUAAAUAAAUUGCAUCAUGCAGCAGAUCUGGAAAAGAAGCAGAACGAGUCUGAAAACAGGAAGCUGCUUGGUACAAUUAUCCAGUAUGGUAAUGUCAUUCAGUUGUUACACUUGAAGAGCAAUAAAUAUUUAACUGUGAACAAGCGCCUUCCUGCCCUAUUGGAGAAGAAUGCCAUGCGAGUAACAUUGGAUGCUGCUGGAAAUGAAGGCUCCUGGUUUUAUAUUCAGCCCUUCUACAAACUGCGGUCUAUAGGAGACAGUGUUGUGAUUGGUGAUAAAGUAGUUCUCAAUCCAGUAAAUGCAGGACAACCUCUGCAUGCCAGUAGCCACCAAUUAGUGGACAACCCUGGCUGCAAUGAGGUCAACUCUGUGAACUGCAAUACAAGUUGGAAGAUUGUGCUUUUCAUGAAAUGGAGUGAUAAUAAGGAGAGUAUAUUAAAAGGGGGAGAUGUGGUGAGACUAUUUCAUGCAGAGCAAGAAAAGUUUCUUACUUGUGAUGACCACAGAAAACGGCAAUAUGUCUUCCUGCGAACAACUGGCAGACAAUCUGCCACAUCUGCAACAAGUUCGAAAGCUUUAUGGGAAGUGGAGGUGGUUCAGCAUGAUCCUUGUCGAGGUGGAGCUGGCUACUGGAACAGUUUAUUUCGUUUUAAGCACCUUGCUACUGGGCAUUAUUUGGCAGCUGAGGUAAACCCUGAUUAUGAUGAAGAGUUUCAAGAAUCAAGGUCAUCUAUGGACUCGGAGCAGGAUGUGCUGAGGACCCGUCUCCGUACAGUCCAGGAGAAAGUAAGGUAUACCCUGGUGUCUGUACCAGAUGGAAAUGAUAUCUCCUCAAUUUUUGAGCUGGAUCCUACAACUCUGAGAGGUGGUGACUCUCUAGUGCCAAGGAACUCUUAUGUGAGAUUGAGGCAUUUAUGUACAAACACCUGGGUACAUAGCACAAACAAUCCAAUAGACAAGGAAGAGGAAAAACCAGUCAUGCUGAGAAUUGGCACUUCUUCGCUGAAGGAAGACAAAGAAGCUUUUGCUAUUGUUCCUGUUUCUCCAGCUGAGGUGCGAGACCUGGACUUUGCUAACGAUGCCAGCAAGGUGUUGGCAUCAAUUGCAGGAAAACUUGAAAAAGGCACCAUAACCCAAAACGAACGGAGGUUCGUAACAAAAUUACUUGAAGACCUCGUAUUUUUUGUUGUUGACAUUCCAAACAAUGGGCAAGAUGUUCUAGAAGUUAUGGUCAAUAAACCUAACCGAGAGAGGCAAAAACUCAUGAGGGAGCAAAAUAUUCUGAAACAGAUUUUUAAGCUGCUGCAGGCGCCCUUCACGGACAGUGGUGAUGGGCCAAUGCUGAGACUAGAAGAGCUUGCCGACCAACGACAUGCACCAUUUCGACACAUAUGCCGGCUGUGCUAUAGAGUGCUGAGACACUCUCAACAGGACUAUCGCAAAAACCAGGAGUACAUUGCGAAGCAGUUUGGCUUUAUGCAAAAACAGAUUGGGUAUGAUGUUCUGGCUGAAGACACAAUAACUGCUUUGUUACACAACAACCGCAAGCUUUUGGAAAAGCAUAUUACUGCUGCAGAGAUAGAUACCUUUGUCAGUUUAGUGAGGAAAAACCGUGAGCCAAGGUUUUUAGAUUACUUAUCGGACCUUUGUGUGUCAAUGAACAAAUCCAUUCCUGUUACACAAGAACUCAUCUGCACUGCGGUUUUGGACCCGGCCAAUGCGGACAUACUCAUUGAAACCAAGCUGGUACUGUCCCGGUUUGAGUUUGAAGGUGUGCCAUGUGGAGAAACCCCUGCUGAGGACACUGAAGAGGAUGAGGAGGAAGUCUGGCUUUUCUGGAAAGACAGUAGUAGGGAAAUUCGCAGUAAGAGUAUCCGUGAAUUAGCUCAAGAUGCCAAGGAAGGACAGAAGGAAGAUGUGGAAGUUUUAAGCUAUUACAGAUACCAGCUGAACCUCUUUGCUCGGAUGUGUCUUGACAGACAGUAUCUUGCCAUCAACAAAAUCUCUGGCCAACUGGAUGUGGACUUGAUCCUACGAUGCAUGUCUGAUGAGAACCUGCCAUAUGACCUCAGAGCAUCCUUCUGUCGGAUGAUGCUGCACAUGCAUGUGGACAGGGAUCCGCAGGAGCAGGUCACUCCUGUGAAGUAUGCCCGCUUGUGGUCAGAGAUUCCAUCCAAAAUUGCUAUUGAUGACUAUGACAAUAGUGGCACUUCAAAGGAUGAAAUUAAGGAGAGGUUUGCACAGACAAUGGAGUUUGUUGAGGAGUACCUGAGGGAUGUUGUUUGCCAAAGUUUCCCAUUUUCUGACAAAGAAAAAAACAAGCUCACUUUUGAGGUUGUGAAUCUGGCCCGAAAUCUGAUUUACUUUGGCUUCUACAAUUUCAGUGAUCUCUUGAGAUUAACAAAAAUUCUUCUAGCCAUAUUGGACUGUGUUCAUGUCACUACCAUGUUUCCAGUUAACAAGCUGGAGAAAGAAGAUGAAGCCAAAGGAAGUAAUGUGAUGAGGUCCAUACAUGGUGUAGGGGAACUCAUGACACAAGUGGUUUUAAGGGGAGGUGGCUUCCUCCCCAUGACUCCAAUCAAUCCUCCUGAUGGUGAUGUUGUGAAGCAACAAAAUGAACCUGAGAAAGAAGAUAUACUUGUAAUGGACACCAAGUUGAAGAUUAUAGAAAUACUUCAGUUCAUACUCAACGUCCGACUGGAUUACAGGAUUUCAUGUCUUUUGUGCAUAUUUAAACGGGAGUUUGAUGAGAGCAAUGCUCAGAGUGAACUGCCAUCUGGAAGUGCCAUAGAAGGAAUUGCUAAUGUACCAGGAACUCUUGAUUUUGAACAUAUUGAAGAACAGGCAGAGGGCAUCUUUGGUGGAAGUGAAGAAAAUACACCAUUGGAUUUGGAUGAUCAUGGAGGCAGGACAUUUCUUCGUGUUUUACUUCAUCUCACAAUGCAUGAUUACCCUCCCCUGGUUUCAGGUGCUCUUCACCUUCUGUUCAGACACUUCAGCCAGAGACAAGAGGUCUUACAGGCCUUUAAACAGGUUCAGCUACUUGUAACAAGCCAAGAUGUUGACAACUAUAAACAGAUCAAGUCAGACUUGGACCAGCUGCGUUCAAUUGUGGAGAAGUCUGAGCUCUGGGUGUACAAGCGUCAGGGACCAGAUGAGGCAAUUGAUGCUGGAGAUGGCCCAGCAGGGGAGACAGAAGUGAAGACAAAGGAAGAAGCUGAUGUUGGUGGUUCUGACAAGUCUAGUAAACAUGAAAGUACCAGCAGCUAUAACUACAGGAUUGUGAAGGAAAUUCUGAUGAGACUUAGUAAACUGUGUGUCCAAGAAGGCACAACAGGUAGAAAAAACAGAAAACAGCAGCAGCGACUCCUGAGGAACAUGAGCGCUCAUGCUGUGGUGCUGGAACUGUUGCAGAUACCUUAUGAGAAGGGGGAAGAUAUUCGCAUGCAGGAGAUCAUGCGAUUGGCUCACGAGUUUCUGCAGAAUUUUUGUGCUGGGAACCAGCAAAACCAAGCACUACUUCACAAGCACAUCAACCUGUUCCUUAAUCCUGGGAUUCUGGAAGCUGUAACCAUGCAGCACAUCUUCAUGAACAACUUCCAGCUGUGUAGUGAGAUCAAUGAGCGUGUGGUGCAGCAUUUUGUGCACUGCAUUGAGACCCAUGGCAGGAAUGUUCAGUACCUCAAAUUUCUCCAGACCAUUGUAAAGGCUGAAGGAAAAUUUAUUAAAAAGUGCCAAGAUAUAGUAAUGGCAGAGCUUGUUAAUGCUGGGGAGGAUGUCCUGGUCUUUUACAAUGACCGAGCAUCUUUCCAAACACUGGUUCAGAUGAUGCGCUCUGAGCGGGACCGCAUGGAUGAGAACAGUGCUCUAAUGUACCACAUCCAUCUGGUGGAACUGCUAGCAGUGUGUACAGAGGGUAAAAAUGUUUACACCGAAAUAAAGUGCAACUCCCUUCUCCCACUGGAUGAUAUUGUGCGUGUGGUGACUCAUGAAGACUGUAUCCCUGAGGUGAAAAUUGCCUAUAUCAACUUCCUGAAUCAUUGUUAUGUAGACACAGAAGUGGAAAUGAAGGAAAUCUACACAAGUAAUCACAUGUGGAAGCUCUUUGAGAAUUUCUUGGUGGAUAUCUGUAGGGUUUGCAACAAUACGAGUGACCGUAAGCAUGCAGACACCAUCCUGGAGCGAUACGUGACGGAGACUGUAAUGAGCAUUGUUACCACGUUUUUCAGCUCUCCCUUCUCUGACCAGAGCACAAGCUUACAGGCUUCUCUUUUGGGAAGAGUAACUGAGACUCGUCAGCCAGUUUUUGUUCAGCUCUUGCAAGGCGUGUUCAGAGUUUACCAUUGCAACUGGCUGUUGCCUGUCCAGAAGGGCUCAGUUGAAGGAUGUAUUAAGGUCUUAUCAGACGUUGCUAAAAGCCGGGCAAUUGCUAUCCCUGUGGAUUUGGACAGUCAAGUCAACAAUCUUUUCCUCAAGUCUCACAAUAUUGUCCAGAAGACUGCUAUGAGCUGGAGAAUGUCUGCCCGCAAUGCAGCCAGGAGAGACUCUGUCCUUGCUGCAUCCCGGGACUAUAGAAACAUCAUUGAGCGACUGCAGGAUAUCGUGUCUGCUUUAGAGGAUCGUUUGCGACCCCUGGUGCAGGCUGAGCUGUCUGUCCUUGUUGAUGUUCUCCAUAGACCAGAGCUGCUAUUUCCAGAAAACACAGAUGCAAGAAGAAAGUGUGAGAGUGGAGGGUUCAUCUGCAAGCUUAUUAAACACACAAAACAAUUGUUGGAGGAGAAUGAGGAAAAGUUAUGCAUCAAAGUCUUGCAAACUCUUCGGGAAAUGAUGACCAAGGACCGCGGCUAUGGAGAAAAGCUGAUUUCCUUUGAUGAUGAGUUGGAUGUUACUGAGCUUCUCCCACCACCUCCUCCUCCACCUCCACCUCCACCUCCUCCUCCUGAACCAGAGGCUUCUCCUGAGGAGCUUGAUCAAACUCAACCACUGAAGCAGCUGGAAGAUCAAAAAAGGGGUGAAGCACUCAGGCAGAUUUUGGUGAACCGAUAUUAUGGAAACUUUCGGCCGUCUGGAAGACGCGACAGCCUCACAAGUUACAGUAAUGGGCCUCUGUCACCUGGGGGAGCUGGCAAAUCUUCUGGAGCAGGAUCAGUUGGUGGAAGUGGAACAACCAAUCGAAGUGAGAUGAGUCUGGCAGAAGUUCAGUGCCACCUGGAUAAAGAAGGAGCUUCAGACCUGGUCAUUGAUCUAAUUAUGAAUGCAGGUAGUGACAGAGUGUUUCAGGAAAGCAUUCUGUUAGCAAUUGCGCUCUUGGAAGGUGGCAACACUGCAAUACAGCGUUCAUUUUUCUGUCGGCUUACAGAGGAUCGGAAGUCUGAAAAGUUUUUUAAAGUGUUCUAUGAUCGCAUGAAGCUGGCUCAACAGGAAAUUAAGGCCACGGUCACAGUCAACACUAGCGACCUGGGCAACAAGAAGAAAGACGAUGACUCAUCUGACAGAGAUGUGCCAGUUCGGAAGAAAGCUAAAGAUUCAUCUGUUCAGAUAACAGAAGAAGUGCGAGAUCAGCUGCUGGAAGCUUCCUCAGCCACCAAGAAAGCCUACAACACUUACCGCAGGGAGGCAGACCCUGAGGAGCACUUUGCAUCCGGGGAGUGCCAAUCAAGCGCAGGAGACAAGAACAAAGAUGAUGGGGAGAUGAGUGUCAUUAUAGCUAUCAUGCAGCCCAUCCUGCGGUUCCUGCAGCUGCUGUGUGAGAAUCACAACCGAGAUCUGCAGAAUUUUCUCAGAUGUCAGAAUAAUAAAACCAAUUAUAACCUGGUAUGUGAGACUCUACAGUUCCUGGACUGUAUUUGCGGAAGCACUACUGGAGGCUUGGGUCUACUUGGACUAUACAUCAACGAGAAGAAUGUGGCGCUUAUCAACCAGACCCUUGAGAGCUUGACCGAGUACUGCCAGGGGCCCUGUCAUGAGAACCAGAAUUGCAUAGCAACUCAUGAAUCCAAUGGCAUUGACAUCAUUAUUGCCCUGAUUCUUAAUGAUAUCAAUCCCCUGGGAAAGAAGAGAAUGGACCUGGUGCUGGAGCUCAAGAACAAUGCCUCAAAACUGCUGCUAGCAAUCAUGGAGAGCCGGCAUGACAGUGAAAACGCAGAGAGGAUUCUUUACAACAUGCGACCAAAGGAACUGGUGGAGGUAAUAAAGAAAGCCUACCUGCAAGGUGAAGUGGAGUAUGAGGACAGUGAAGAUAAAGAGAAUGGUGAGGACCAUGCUGCAUCACCCAGGAAUGUCGGGCACAACAUUUACAUUCUAGCACAUCAGUUGGCCCGUCACAAUAAGGAGCUUCAGCAUAUACUGAAGCCGGGAGGACACAACGGAGAAGGGGACGAAGCCCUGGAGUUCUAUGCAAAGCAUACGGCUCAGAUUGAGAUUGUGAGGCAAGACCGCACCAUGGAGCAGAUCGUCUUUCCAGUGCCCAACAUUUGUGAAUUUUUGACCAAAGAGUCGAAGCUAAGAAUAUACUACACAACUGAGCGGGAUGAGCAAGGGAGCAAAAUCAAUGACUUCUUCCUGCGCUCAGAAGACCUCUUCAAUGAGAUGAACUGGCAGAAGAAGCUGAGAGCUCAGCCGGUGCUCUACUGGUGUUCUCGCAACAUGUCUUUCUGGAGCAGCAUCUCCUUCAAUUUAGCAGUGCUGAUGAAUCUUCUGGUUGCUUUCUUCUACCCUCUAGAAGGAAUCCGAGGAGGCACUCUGGAGCCUCAUUUAUCAGCUCUCCUUUGGACUGCAGUGCUGGUGUCUUUGGCUAUAGUCAUUGCUCUUCCUCAGCCUCACGGUAUCAGGACUUUGAUAGCUUCCACAAUAUUGCGACUUAUAUUCUCAGUUGGACUGGAGCCCACCCUGUUUCUUCUGGGAGCUUUUAAUGUCUGCAAUAAAAUAAUCUUCCUGAUGAGCUUUGUUGGGAAUCGAGGCACUUUCACGCGAGGUUACAGAGCUAUGAUUUUGGAUAUGGAGUUCCUGUAUCAUCUUCUGUAUCUGAUCAUCUGCAGCCUUGGGGUCUUUGUGCACGUGUUCUUUUACAGUUUGCUGCUUUUUGACUUGGUUUACAGAGAGGAGACACUACUAAAUGUAAUUAAGAGCGUCACUCGCAAUGGCCGCUCCAUUAUCCUAACUGCUGUCCUCGCUCUCAUCCUAGUCUACCUCUUCUCGAUUGUUGGUUACAUAUUCUUUAAACAUGAUUUCAUCCUAGAAGUGAACAGGAUACCAAACAAAACACUAGAAGCUGGUGCCAGCAUGGCUGGCGAGUUUUUCUCUUCCAGUGUGUGCCAUUUGGAAAACAAUGAAAACUGCUCAAGGCAGCUAGCUGAAGGUUCACAAAUGAAAGUGGAGGAUGAUGAAAAUAAGGAGCACACUUGUGAGUCUUUGCUGAUGUGCAUCGUUACUGUUUUGAGCCAUGGACUCCGGAGUGGAGGAGGUGUUGGUGAUGUUCUACGGAAGCCUUCCAAAGAGGAACCACUGUUUGCUGCUCGUGUCAUCUAUGACCUGCUGUUCUUCUUUAUGGUCAUUAUCAUUGUCCUCAAUCUCAUUUUUGGAGUCAUCAUUGACACGUUUGCUGAUCUGAGGAGUGAGAAGCAAAAGAAGGAAGAAGUGCUGAAAACCACUUGUUUCAUUUGUGGUCUAGAAAGGGACAAGUUUGACAACAAGACGGUGACAUUCGAAGAGCACAUCAAAGAAGAACACAAUAUGUGGCACUACCUCUGCUUCAUUGUCCUAGUAAAGGUGAAAGACUCGACUGAGUAUACAGGACCUGAAAGCUACGUGGCCGAAAUGAUAAAGGAGCACAACCUGGAUUGGUUUCCACGGAUGCGUGCCAUGUCGCUAGUAAGCAGCGAUGCUGAAGGGGAACAAAAUGAAAUCCGCAACCUCCAAGAGAAGCUCGAGUCAACAAUGAAGCUGGUUUGCAACCUGUCUGGUCAGCUGAAUGAACUCAAAGAACAGAUGACUGAGCAGCGAAAGCAGAAGCAAAGAAUUGGACUGCUUGGUCACCCGCCCCACAUGAACGUGAACCCGCAGCAGCCUGCCUGAGUAUCCUGUGCCUAGCUUGGGCAAUCAGUUUGCCAAAUCCCAGUGAUUGGAUGGAUCUGCCCACCAACACAGCCCCCCCCACCCCUUGACAAGUCUCCACACGGAAGAGCAUAUCCCAGCCCACCAACCCUUCAUUCCCACUUUAUUUAACUGUGCCAAUUAUUUUCAGGGAAGAGGAAUGCCUUUACUGGAUGAACUUGAGGAUUAGGACCAUACUGGACAAUGAAACAAAUAAAGGGCAACAGGAAAGACUUUGAGGACUACCAGUAUUUAACGUUUCAUUUUUGUAUGUUGUGCAAUAUGAAUUCAAUUUUAUGCAACUAUCACAGUGUGCAACUUGUGAAUUAUGUCUUAAAGGGAUGAUGGGUUGGGGGGGUGUCAUGUAAAGGUAAAUAACGGUCACUUAGAAGCACACUUUAACCACUGAAUUCUUUCAGGAGUUUACGUUCUUUCCAGCUGGUAGCACAGCUAGUGGUGCCAGUCCUUGCGCUGUAACAGCCAGUGUUGCGUCUCGGCCAGAGUUGUCAUUUGGGUUUGUGUACCCCUGCAUAUGUCUCAUAAGAGUAUCGUGAAGUACGUAUUAUGCUGCAUUUGUGGGCCUGAAUAACAGAUUCCUCGCUCUUGGAUAUUUGGGAGCUGUAUGGCCAGCAAUUUUGCCAGCUUCUCUCUAGGAAAUGCCUCCGCUUUCUGUUAAGAGACUUCCUGCCACUGCUGUGGGUCCAUUCAGCACCUUUUAAGAUGUGCACGAGGGCACCAAUUAGCUACCUGAGAAGAGAACCCCUUGGUCAGCCCGUGUACCGUCUCUAUGCUGCUUUAAUGGAUGAUGGCUUCCACCACUCCCAGAUGCCAGCUUUGUCAAGCAAGUGGAUUUACUGAUAUUUUGUACGUUUUGUCUGCUGAGCCUUGUACUCUUUGUAUAGCACACUUGUACUAAAGGAAAUUUUAAUUAACUGUGGGGACGGGAAAUGUACACUGAGUAUUAAUAUAAAAGGACUUGUUAAAGUUGUAAAUUCAUUGCAAGUUAUUUAAUAAAGUUUAUGAAGCAAUGUUUAAUCUC